UUUCAAAAUUAAGACGGUUCAAAGUAAUAGGAAAAGUUUAUAUUUUAUAAAAUGUAUAUAUACCAUUGUUAUAAUAAAUUAUUUUUCUGAAUAAAAAAGAAAAGAAAGCUGAUUUAAAUUUAAAUAUUAACAUAUACGAAAAAGAAAAAACAACAACAACACAUUAUGAAUAAGGGAACAAUUCUAGUCAUUAUAUUAUUGUAUAAUAUUUUCAUUUUAAUUGUACAAAGUAUUCAUGAUAUUCCAUUACGUGUAGACAUUAUUGAAGAAUGUCCAACUGGAAGUAUAAUACCUGGAAUUGCUGAAUAUUUACAACAAUUAAUAUCUCGUGAACAAAUGAAAGGUUUAAUACAAACAACAACAUUUCAAUUAAUUAAUGAUGGUACAUUUUCAAAUUUAUUUAGUUUAGAUUCAAAUACUGGUCGAUUAAUUGUUAAUGGACGCAUUGAUCGAGAAGCUUUAUGUUCAUCAUGGGAUAAUAAUGCUGGAACUAGUGGUUCUAUUGGAAUUAAUAGUAACAUUAAUGACAUUGUUGCAACACAAAGAAAUUCAAAUUUAAUGAAUGCAAAUGAUUUGUUGAAUUCUCCACCAAAUGAAUGUUUACAAGCUUUAAAUGUAUUAAUUGUUACACGAACUAAUCAAGAAUCACCACAUUUAACUACUGGAGCUGGUGAAAAACAUGCUGAAACACCGGUUAAAACGACAAGGAUAUUAAUACAUGUAAUAAUACAUGAUAUUAAUGAUAAUGCACCUAGAUGGCAUGAAAACAGUCUUCUACAUGUAAGCUUUGUCGAAACACCCUCAUCAUCAAAUAACAAUGGAUGGAAUACUGUUCAGACAAUUCUACGACCUAUCAAUGAGAAUGAUGCAAUUAGAAAUGCAAAAUCAAUUGAUCGUGCUUAUGAUCCAGAUAUGGGUCAGAACGGUACAAUUGUUUAUCGAUUAAUUGGUCCAGGUGCAGAUUAUUUUCGAUUAGCAGAUAAUUUUAACAGAAAAACAAAUAAUGAUAAUAAUGACCAAUAUCAUAGUCAAUCAAAUGCUGAUUUACUGAUUCACCGAAAAAGUGAUCUAAGCAUGGAUUUAUAUAAUAUCAAUAAUAAUAAUAAUCAUAUAAACCCUAUGACCGGUACACAUGAAACAUCAUUACAGAUUUGGCCUAUACUCCCUCUAGAUAGAGAAACAAAGGAUUUUGCUGGACAAGGAGGUGUUUACAAUUUAACUUUGUUAGCAAGUGAUUUAGGUAAUCCACCGAAAAGUACAAGUAUACCACUUUUAAUCACUUUAAUCGAUGUCAAUGAUCAUAUACCCCAAUUUCAUAAUCCAGUUAAUCAAUAUGAAGUAAAUAACCAUUUAAGUUCAAAUAAUAAUAAUCUCGAAUCAAAUUACGUAAUCUAUAGACCAUUGAAUGGCAAUUUACGUGAAACAUUACCUAUCGGUAGUUUUGUAUUACAAUUAAAUGCUUCUGAUCAAGAUGAAGGAUUACAUUCAAAGCUAGUUUAUGGAUUUUGUCCAUGUGAUCGUAAUUUAGCACAGAAUUAUUUUAAAAUAGAUUCUAUCACAGGACGUAUUACUGUAGGUCAUUCAUUGGAUUAUGAUAAUGGACCGAGACAAUUUCGAUUUAAAGUAAUAGCUAAGGACAGUGCACCAGAACCAUACACAUUAACGGGUACAGCUGUUGUUGAAAUAAUGCUUGCUGAUGAAAAUGAUGAAACUCCACAGAUAAAUGUUAUGCUGUUACAGCCAAAUUCUCCUCAUGAUACUUCUCCGUCAAAUCCCUAUCCAUUUCAUUCGAAUAAAAUUAAACAAAACUCAGAUGGUGCGAAAUUGUUACGUGAAUUUACAACAACGAUAAAUGAGAAUCCUCAACCGGAAACAGUGAUUGCUUAUGUUCAGGUAUUUGACCCGGAUCAUCAUGGACAAGAUCAUAUUCACUGUCGUCUGGGUCCGACAGACAACUUCACGUUACAGUACGAUCCAUCAUCAUCACCAACAUCAUUGUCAUCAGUAUCAUCAACGUUGACUUCAACAGGGAGCAAUUCAUUGUUAUAUCUUACAAAACGUAAUCCUUUAUAUGAAAACUCAUUACAACGAUCACUAACAAAUACUGUACAAAAUAAACAAGAUUAUCGUUUAAUAACUGGAACACGGUUAACAGAUCUAUCAUCUCCAUAUUCACGUUUAGAUCGUGAAGUAACUCCAACACAAACAAUCACUUUAACAUGUACAGAUAGUGUAGAUAAUUCUGCUUAUGUAAUAAUUAAUGUACACUUAGCUGAUUUGAAUGAUAAUUCACCAGAAUUUGUAAAUAAUGGUCACUUUGUAUUUCAAAUACCUGAAAAUCAAGAAUUACCUGGUAAUAAACCAAUUUGGCUUGGACGUACAAUUGCAGUGGAUAGUGAUCAAGGUGUAAAUUCUUUACUUACUUAUCGUUUAGAAAAUGAUGAAAAUAUGGUAAAUAGAUACGAAAAUAAAGAGUAUGGUAUUACUGAUAAUGACAAUAUCCCACAGAUUACUCAUAACAUUAAUAAUAUGUUUGAAUUAAAUCCACAAACAGGUGAUUUAUAUGUUAAAAUUGUAUUUGAUCGAGAAACAGCACCAAAUGAUGGAGUAUAUCGAUUAAAGGUAUUAUGUAUUGAUAAUGGUGAACCAUCAUUAACUGGAACAGCUCAAGUUGAAGUUUUUAUUUUAGACGAAAACGACUGGCCUCCACAAUUCACACGUGAAGUGUACACAUUCAGUGUACCAGAGAAUAUGAGAAUUCAUGAAAUAGUUGGUGAGGUUGAAGCUAUAGAUCGUGAUGCAGAUAGUAAAGGGAAAAUAACUUAUCAGUUGAUUACACAUUCAUAUCAACCGGUAAAUGAAAUAUCUGACUGGGCAUCACCAUCAUCGAACCAAUAUAAUUCGCGUAGAUUACAUUCACGUGCACCUGGAAAUAAAUUAAUUGUAAAUGAUAGAAUAUCACCAACAGUAGAAAACACUGAGUCAAAUAGUACUUCAAAUAGUGAACUGACUAGAGAUAAGCAGUUGAAUAAAACAGGUAAACAGUCUCUUGAAAUAAUGGAUCCAAGUACACAACAAAAUGGAUUAAAAAAGACAACUUUUUCAAACUUAACAAAUGAACUGUCAAGAAAUGACAUAAGACCAGUUAAACAAAUAAAUUAUUCACAUUCUGAUAAAUCGCUAACUUUGUUAAAUUAUUUUGCAGUUGAUCGUUUAACUGGUAAAAUACGUCUUAUACGUGCAUUGGAUCGUGAAUCGGUAGCAUUUUUUACCAUAGAGAUUGUUGCCAUUGAUUCUGCUCCAGUUUCACCGAUUAUAUCAUUGCGUCAGAUAAAUAGUAUGAUGUCUACAUCAAAGUUGAAUAAUGGUAAUAAUAAUUUCACAUUAAAAAAUGCAUAUGACACACCUGUACAUAAAUCGUUGUCAUCUACUGCUACAGUUGUAAUUGCUGUUACCGAUAUUAAUGACAAUCCUCCAGUAUUUCGUCGACCAAAUACAUCAACUGCUAUUCAGCUUAGUUUACAUGAAACACUAGGCAGACAAUUGCUUACAAUGGAGGCAACUGAUGCAGAUGAAGGAGAAAAUGCUCGAAUCACUUAUCAAAUACGAUCAGAAGUCCCACGACCGCCUGGUGGCUCAGGAACUGGACAUUUUGCUAUUGAUGAAUCAAGUGGAAUGUUAUUCAUAGCCAGACCUUUGAACAAUACAACUACACAUCGAUUUGUCGUUGAAGCUUGUGACGGUGGAGCUGGUUCAUCUAAACGCUGUACAUUAUCUCCAACUAUACGUAUAAACGUAUUUGAUGGUUUAAACGAACCAAUAUCAAAUUCAAAUGGUGAUCUACUUGUUUAUCAAACUGGAACAGCAGCGAACAAUGAUAAUUUUCAUCAAAAUCAUAGACAAUCAGAUUUAUCAUUUGAUUUAGAUGAAUUAACUGUUGGCUCUGUUAUGGCUGUACAAAAUGGACGACGAAAUGAAAUUGUUGUUGUUUGUUUGGUUGUGAUAUUUAGUAUAUUAUUGAUGGCAACAAUUUUGUUGGUCAUAUGUUUAAUACAUAGACGUGGGUUAAGUGCACGUCAAUGGAUUGGUAAUCGUUCUGAAAAUCUAACAUCAGAUAAACAGGAUUGUAAAAAAGAUCACAAUAUUAUUAAUAAAACGGUUAAUAAUCGAUCGAAUAUUGACCUAUGGAUGGAAAACCAAUUACCAGAUGAACAGGCAGAAUUGAGAAACGAUAUGAAACUUGAAUCAAAAUCUCAUCUGCCAUAUGGAAUGACGAAUAUCCCAAUUGAUGGUAACAUUCAAACCUAUACUGGUCAUGAGGAAUUGGGUUCUCCAACACGUAUUUUAACAAAUAAUGCUGUACUAAGUUAUCAUCAACCAACUAUAAUAUCACCUCUUAUUUCGGAUCUUCAACAACCUCACCAUCAACAUAGUCAUUCUUUAUUAAAUCACAUGGAUCACGCCACAAUGAAUAUAAAUAAUAACAGUAGUACGUUUACUCCAAGUCGUCUACAUUUACUUUCUAAUACAUCCAUGGGAAUUAGUCCUUGUGGUAUAUAUAAUAAACGAGAUUCAAGUAUACCACAUGUUUUAAGUAAUUCAGAAGUUAAUCAAUUACUAACACAAUCUUCAUAUAGACCAGCAUCACCGGAUUAUCAAAGUUUAGAUGCAAUUUGGUGUCAUCAAAAUAAAUUUCCUUCUGGUACAAUGAAUCUCAUCCAUCGUCUUCCUAAUACUAAUGCUAAUAAUGGUAACAAUAAUAAUAAUAAUAAUAAUAAUAAUAAUUCACAAUUUAGUCCUACUGCCAAUACUUCUACCAACAUUAAUCAUCAAACAAAUCGUAUACAAGGAAAUAAUCGAAAACUAUUACCAACUCAUUAUUCAUUAGGUAAUCCUGACAAUAAUGUCAAUUCACAAUUGAACAAUGCACAACCAAUGAUGAUGUCAAAUGAUUUUACAGAAUCAUCAAUAAUAACAACACCUCAUGGUUCAAACAUUAAUACAUUUUCACCACAUGCCUACUAUGAAAUAGCUACACCAUCAGAAACAUGGCAUAGAAGAUGUUUACCACUAUUUAUUCCUAAUGGGGAUCAACAUAGAAUAAUUGAUAGCAAUAAUAAUAACAAUGAGACACACGUUAAUUUACAUGCACAAAAUUUAUCACAUUCAACUAAUAACCAUCAUUUUAACACACAACAUUCCAGUAACAAUAGUAGUCGACAGCAAACUCAACAAAGAUUAACCGAACUCAAUAGUCGUUCAUAUAAUCAUAUAGCUACUUUAGGUAGACCAGCUAAUGGUAAAGGACGUAGACGAUUGGGUGGUACAUCGACAACAGCUAAUAAUCAUAAUGACGAUAGUAUGUAUAAUUUACAAGCCGGUGAAUUAGCUAUACAUUCAGUUAAGCGUUCAAUACAAAAUCACAAUAGACAAAAUGAACAAUAUAGAAUUAAAUCAGAUGAUAAGUUAUUGAAAUCACAAAAUAUAAACUUGACUAAUGAUAAUAAUGACAAUCUUAAUAAAAUAGUGAGUAGUAAUGUUUAUCACGAUAGUGAUAAUAUUGGUGUUAGUACUACUAAUAAUAAUAAUACAACUAAUAAUAGUGGUAAUAUUGAUGAACAAGAUAAUAAAAAGUCAAAAGAUGGUCAGUUAUCUGAACACAAAGCAAAUGUACAACAUUUUACAUACCAAGCAUUUCGUGAAGGAACAUUCGUUUAAUAAUAAUAAUAAUUAUUAUAUAUAUAUAUAUGCAUCUUUAAGUUAAAUAUUUGGCUGAAUUCACAAACCACUUACAUAUUCACAUUAUAUAAACGAUUGAGGAUAUAAGUUUUGCACAUGUAUGUACAUAUUCUUUACAUCUUUAUUACACUUGAUAUAAACAACUAGAAAUCAUCAUUGAGCAAUAUCAUUAUUAUCUUAUUGAAAAUUAUCUAGAUAUGGGAUUAAAAUGGAUAAAUUCAGUAGAAUUUAUUACAUAACAACAUUACAAUCAUUUCUAUUUGCUUUAUUUCAAUUGUAUUGUACUUAUUUAUUAAUUUGAGCAGUUUCUUCCCCCCCCUCCCCCUCAUGUAUUCAUUUCUAUGACUUUAAAAAUAAACGAAAUAGUAUUAUUUAGCUUGUGUUCAAAUGUACGGGCAGAGUGAAUUUCAUUUGUUUAUCUCUUGACUAAUUUUUAAUCAAAAUCUGUUUUUGAUUUCUUUCUUUUGUC